AUGGCUACCCUGCUGCCGCUGUCUCUCCUCAUCAGUGUCUGUCCACCUCUGCUCUGGGGUCAGCUCACAAGCAAGGACUUUUAUGCUGGGCAGCUGAGGGCUCCUGGGGAUUAUAUUCUUGGUGGACUUUUUCCCUUGUUCAGAGCAAGUGGUAGAGCGAAUCAAAGUCAGCAGACGUUGACCUGCGACAGGUUCAAUCCUCUGGGCUUUAACUGGCUGCAGGCCCUGCGCUUUGCAAUUGAAGAGAUCAACAACUCAAACGACUUGUUGCCGGGCAUUCAACUGGGCUUUGAGGUCUGGGACACCUGCCAGCAGUUCAAUAGGGUCAUCACUCCAACACUCCACUUCCUGACUGUCCCCCUGAAUGACGAGCUGCAACUUAAAUGUAACUACACUUCCCUAGUGCCACACGCACUUGCGGUCAUUGGGCCAAGUACCUCAGAAGAAGCCUUGACCUCAGCCACAAUGCUGAGCUACUUCAUGGUACCUCAGGUCUCCUACUCAGCCUCCAGCAGCUCUCUAGAAGACCGAACUCACUUCCCUUCAUUCUUCCGCACCAUCCCCUCAGACUCUCAGCAGACUUUGGCCUUGGUAGAGCUGGUAGAGAGGUUUCACUGGGAUUGCAUUUCCAUCCUAGCCUCUGAUUCAGACUAUGGCAAAGGAAGUUUGGCCAUGCUGCAGGAACUUUUCAGGUCCAGGAACGUGUGCAUCAGUUACUCAGAUAUCAUUCCUGGUGUUUCACAAGACAGGGAGGCGCUGCUACAGCAGAUGGUCGUCAAGCUGGACAUGUUCCUGGUCAAUGUCACUAUCAUCUUUGCUGAUAUCUCUUCAGCCAUGGCGCUGCUGUCCAGUGUGAUCACCUGGCAGACAGCAGGUCGCAAUCGGGUUUGGAUCGCCAGUGAGGCCUGGUCCAGUUCCAAUGAAAUUGCCAGCCUGUCCAACAUCCACAGCAUUGGGACCAUUAUGGGGCUGGCAAUCCAAACACACGUCUUUCCUGGAUUCCAGGAGUAUCUGCAGAGUUCAAAGGUGAUUCACACCCCAGCACCCACACAGCUGACCAACUUGAGCACAGCCAGUCUGGAGAGUUGUCAGGUAAGCAUGGCAGACGACACCCAAAUAGAGCUGCUGAAGAUGGCGAUAGCGGAGCCAGAAGAGAGAAUCUCCCUCAAUGUCUACACAGCAGUGUACAGCGUGGCCCAUGCCAUUCACAGUGCAAGGCAGUCCAUUGGGGCAGAUGCUACACUCCACCCCUGGCAGAUCCUUGAAGCAUUAAAGAGUGUGUCGUUUGAGGUGCACAACAUCAGCGUUUCCUUCAACAGCAAAGGAAAUCUCCACGCUGGCUAUGAUUUGCUUCUCUGGAAGGCUAUAGAUGGUGCUAUUCAGUUUGUCCCAUUUGGCCAGUACACUGCUAACGGCAGCCUGAGAGUGGACACAGAGGAGAUCUGGGCAGCUCAAGGACUCCAGAACCACUGCCAGAUUGUAGAAAGGAGUCCUGGAGGCCUCAGCCAUUACGCUGCCUCCCCCCUACUGGCCAUUCUAUAG